CGUUAGUCCAAUCAGCGUCAGGAGCGGAAGUAUGAUGGCGGCGGAGGGAGACAGACGUGACGCGUGCGCUGCUGGAAGUAAACAGGAGCAGCGCAGCAUCCACAGAGGACACCGGGAUGUGUUCAGAGACUGCGUUGGCUCUAUUAUCCAGUCCCUCGCUGAGUUUGGCGCAAAGUUAAAAGUGGGUGAUAAAGAGUUGAGCAUCAGUGCCAGUGUCAACCAUCUAAACAUCUCUGAACUUCAGCCAUCUCAAGUUAAUGCCUGUUUACAACAGCACAUCUCCAAACUACAGUUAGUCUCUGAAAAUCUGAAGCAAAUGGUGGAGUCUGAAGUCCACUCCAUCCCAGGCAGCAGUGACAGGAAAGAAACAGCAGAUACAUCUGAGCAUCCUACAUCUGACCACGGCAUCGUUCAUAACAAGCCUCAAAUCGAUGAUAAUGUGCAGAUAAAGGCUGCUAAAUCUGAGAGUGAACGUAGGAUAUCUGCAUUUAUAGAGCACAAACAGCUGGAGAUCAAUGAAAACAAUGUGAGGGAGUUUUGCAACAUGAUCGACUGCAAUCAGGAGGACAGCUGUGCAAGAACUGAUGCAGUAUUUACACCAUAUCCUGGUCUCAAGAGUCAUGUCAAAGUGAAGCGUGUUAUAAAUACGUAUGGACCUCAAACCAAAGGGACACACACUGAACUGGCAGACCAGCAGCAGGGAUCCAUGAACAGAGACUGUGGAAACCCUGCCGUGGAGGAGAGGCUCCAAAACAUGGAAUCUCACCUUAAACUUCCACCAGCAGGUCCAGUUCCUCAAAGCAUUUAUCAGCGGCUACAGAAACUUGAAGAUCGAAUUCUGGAGCUUGAGGGUCUUUCCCCAGAGUACUUCCACUCCACGAAUUACUCGCACAAACGACCUAAAGCUUCAGUGUCACAGAGCUACAGUCUCGCUGAGCUGGAUGGGAAGAUCAGUGCCGUCAAAGCCGCCUUGAUGAAGAAAUCCAGUGAGGUCCAACCCACAGACGCAGAGUUUUCAUUCUGACACGUGGACUCUUGGAUUCAGCCGUUUUUUAUGCCUUCUCAUUAUGAGUUAGAUCAUCUGUUUUGGUACAGAAUUGUGAUGAACUGAGUAGAUUUGGGUUUUGUGUGCCGCUGAUUAUUUUAUAUCUGUAAAAUGUACAUUUUCCUUUAUGUAUAUUUACUAUGUACAUCACUUAUGUAAAUAAAUUCGUGCAUCAUG